AUGGAUGAUGCUCCCUCUGUACAAAGUGUUGGCCAUCAUUUACAUGCCAGGGGUCGUGUUGCGAGUUUGGUGUCGACGAGCUUGGAGGGGGAUAAAGUUCUGCCCAUCGUCCUCAACAAGACGCAUUUCGUCGGUCGGAAGUCUUCCUGCGACCUUGUCAUCCCGCAUCGGGCCGUUUCUUCAACCCAUUUCAAAGUCUACACGGUCCAAUUCGACGCGGCUCACGACCCUUUAAUCUACAUUCAAGACCUGUCUCUCAACGGAACCUACCACAACGGCCACAAGCUCGGGAAGGACCAAUGUGCUCUUCUAACCGAUGGUGAUGAACUGGAAGUGCGUCAUGCAGCCACGUUUAAGUUCAAUCAAAAGAUGCACUACGAGAACAAGUUGGGGAAGAUUGUCGAGGCGGAUGCACGGGGGUUUGAGAGUGAGUGGAAGUUGACGAAGAGACUCCUCGGCACAGGGGGGUUUGCGAAGAUCUACAUGGCAACUUCAACAACUACCCACCGUCAAUACGCAUGCAAAGUCAUGGACCUCACCCAUGCUCGCCAGAAGGGGAUCAAGUACAUCCAGGAGAUCGAGAUUCUCUCCUCACUCUGCCAUCCCAAUGUAGUCGGUGUGCAUAAAUGUUAUAUUACUUCGUCUCACAUUUACAUCUUUGAGGACUUAGUCAGCGGCGGCGACUUGUUCUCCUGGUUCGCAGAGCGCGGUGUCGUCGGCGAAGUGGAGUGUAUGUUUGUCAUCUGGCAAGUGUUGAAAGCGUUGGAGUAUUUGCAUGAAAGGAAUAUUGCACAUCGUGACUUAAAGUUGGAAAAUAUCCUUAUCUCGAGUUCGGAGCCGGGGUUCAGAGUCGUGUUGACCGACUUUGGUGUUGCGAGGCAGUGGGAAGACGCUAGGAGGAUGAGUACGAUUGUUGGAACUCCCGAGUAUGCCGCUCCUGAGAUGAGUCGUCGCGAGAAGGGGAAGCGCGGGUAUGGGAAGGAGAUUGAUUUGUGGAGUUUGGGCGUGAUUGUACAUGUUCUCCUCUCAGGUCAUCAGCCCUUCUCCUCGACCUCUCAAACCGACUCUCGCUCCCAAAUUGCUCAACGGAUACAAUCUACCGAUCUCGAUCUCAACUCUUGGGAAUGGGAAGAGAUUUCCCUCGAAGCGAAGGAUUUCGUGCAUCGACUCCUGGUCCGAAACCCGGCUUACCGAAUGAGCGUCGAGGAAGCCUUCGAGCAUCCCUGGUUAGCACGGUAUAGAGCGGAGUUAGAGGCGUUGUACGAUGAGAAGGUCAUGAAAGGCUGGAACGCGUCUCCGAGUAACAAAAAAUGGAUUGAGACGAAGAUGGUCGGCGGUGAUGGUGAUACAGAAAUGAGCGAAGCAGACGGUUUCGUGAGUGGUGGUAAGAUGGCACGGAAGGCGGCCGAAGACGAAGAGGCGGAGAGGGAGAGGAGGGAGAGGAAGAGGAGGAUGAGUAAAGUUGGGGAGGCGAAUGCUAGUUGGGGAUUUGUUGGUGCCAAUGUGGAACCGAAGGGGUUGGGACAUGGUCCUUUGAGAGAUGUUCCGGGCAAGAGGAGUAAUCGGAUAAGUCUGAGUGAGGAUAGGCAGGUUGGGGGUGGAGGGUAUGUGAAGAGUGGGUAUUUCGGGAAGUGA